AAAUGCUCUACUUUUGGUUUUCCAGAAACCAGCAAACAUCCUGGUAAUGGGUGAAGGUCCUGAAAGAGGAAGAGUCAAAAUAGCUGAUAUGGGCUUUGCCAGAUUGUUCAAUUCACCUUUGAAGCCGUUGGCAGACUUGGAUCCAGUUGUGGUGACAUUCUGGUACAGAGCUCCAGAGCUGCUACUUGGAGCCAGACAUUACACAAAGGCUAUUGAUAUUUGGGCAAUUGGCUGCAUAUUUGCUGAAUUAUUGACUUCGGAACCUAUAUUUCACUGUCGUCAGGAGGACAUCAAAACAAGUAAUCCUUUUCAUCACGAUCAGCUGGAUCGCAUUUUCAGUGUAAUGGGAUUCCCUGCAGAUAAAGACUGGGAAGACAUAAGAAAGAUGCCAGAAUAUCCAACUCUUCAAAAAGAUUUCAGGAGAACAACAUAUGCCAAUAGUAGCCUCAUAAAAUACAUGGAGAAACACAAAGUCAAGCCUGACAGCAAAGUCUUUCUUUUGCUUCAGAAGCUUCUUACUAUGGAUCCUACGAAGAGAAUUACCUCAGAGCAGGCUUUGCAGGACCCUUACUUUCAAGAGGAUCCUCUGCCUACAUCAGAUGUAUUUGCUGGCUGUCAGAUUCCGUAUCCCAAACGAGAAUUCCUCAAUGAAGAUGAACCUGAAGAGAAAGGAGAUAAGAAUCAGCAGCAGCAGAACCAACAUCAGCAGCAAACAGCACCUCAGCAGCAGCCGCAGGCCGCGCCGCAGCAACCGCAGCAGCAGCAGCAGAACAGCACCCAAACCAAUGGGACGGCCGGGGGCACGGGUGCAGGCGGUGGGGGCGCGGGUGCAGGACUCCAGCACAGCCAGGACUCCAGCCUCAACCAGGUGCCUCCAAACAAGAAACCACGCAUAGGGCCUUCAGGCGCUAACUCAGGCGGGCCUGUCAUGCCUUCAGAUUAUCAGCACUCCAGCUCACGCCUGAGUUACCAAAGCAACAUUCAGGGAUCUUCUCAGUCCCAGAGUACAAUGGGCUAUUCCACAUCAUCUCAGCAGAGCUCUCAGUAUCAUCAAUCUCACCAGUCUCACAGGUACUGAGAGGCUUAACAGACUGCACUCAAAAAGGAAUGGACUAAAAGCCAGAAGACUCCAGCAAUAUGAAGUUUGUGAUGAUGAGAAGAACCAAAAAUACAAACUAUGAUGCAGAACUAAAAUUCUCAAUUGCAAAAGGAAAACUUUACUUACUGAAGACUUUUUUUUUCCUGCCCCUUUAUUGCCAUAAAGGAGAUUUUCGUGAAGUUUUCCUUCCUCCCUGCCCUUGCAUGUGCUCUAUUGUGGUUACUCUAAUGAACCCUUCUGAUCUGAACCCAGCACUUAACUUCUUUAACCUUUGGAAUUUUUGAAGGAUUCCUGGUGCACCUUCCUUUAUGCUGUAGUGAUUGCCAUAAAUCUGUCUUUUCAAUCUCUUUGAUGGGAUUUUAAAGUUUUAAAAUCUUGAACUCCCAGGCUUUCAAGCUUGUAUAUAGUUAGUUUUAUACUAGGCAAACCAGUUUAGCUAUACAGGUAUAUUGCACCUUUUUAAAGCACUAUGUUAUUUUCACAGGACAUUACUGUUUUGCUCAUGGAUGUCAAGAACAGCAAAAUUUUACUGUUCCAGAGUAUUUUACUAUUCUGUUUUUAUUAGUCUAGUUUUCAGGCGAGGUCUUAAAAAGAAAAAAGAAAAGAAAAAGAAAAAAAGAAAAAAGAAAAAGGAAAAAAGAAAAAAAUGACCCAAGUCUCUGCAGCAGCAAAUAGGCUUCAUGCUACUGGACUGAACUCCAGACAGAAGAUUGCUGAUAUUAUUUAACUCAUUCACAUUGAAUUCUUGAAAUCACAGUGAUUGUGCUCUGACUAGUUUUAAAUUAAGUGUUGUUUUAAAUGAAACCAUGACUGUCACAUAAAAAGGAGAUGCUUUCAGGAUUUGUUGGAACAGAAAAAUGGAAUGUCUUCCCAGGCUGGACACCAAAAUAGUCGAGAAAACGUAUUUACUGCCCUCAACUUUCAGGAGGAAUGUGGAUGAUGGCUUGUUUUUCUUUCAGUUAAGCAGCUAAUUAAUGUAUGUGAGAGUUCUAUAAAUGUAGUUUCUCUUUCACAUUCCUGAGUAUGACAGAAAUGCUGAGACUUAUAAAAACGAAUACAUUUAGUCAAUUUAUGUUAGAUUGAUAAUUAAGAGAAAUUAUUGUGCAGUUUGAAAAGCAUGUUGAAAAUUCUUCCUUUUUCAUGUUGGUGAUGCAUAUUCUAUAUCCCUCACAUUGCUGUGAGUAACCCAGAUUAGUUACACCAGAUGCGCUUGAUUGCACUGAAAUGUUUCUUUUUCCCUAGAGCAAACAUGUUUUGAUUGUGCCUAAGGACUGUAAGUGGAUGGGUAGCUGGCAGAAAAUCCCCAGUAAAUAAGCAGCUUUCAGAAGCGUGAUCAGAGAAUCGUUGUCCAACUUCAGCAACCACAGUUAUUCGGAGAGAAGCAACAUAUAAUUUGGGACAGCUUCGUUUUUCCUUCAGCCAUCAGAAAUAAGGAGGUCUUGUUGCAGAAAACCUGGAAAAACCAUUAAUGCCGUUAGAAAGCUGCCAACAGUGUAACAUCAGCGAGCUUCUAAAGUUGGUGUCCAGAGAAGAGGUGUAGUCAGAGGAGUUUAUAUGUGAAUAGUCAAUGUUACAACCACUCUUACUGUGUUCUCUUCUGUAAAUAUUGCAGUACUUACCUGCACGCAUUCACUGAAUUCAUUGAAGUUGUGCUUAUACCUAGGAAGACAUGUGGAUCUGUUUGCUCUGAGGAGAAUGCUUUUUAGCACAGCUAGACAGGAACUUGAUUUUAUUGGGUUAUUAAAGUUGACCCAGUCAAUUUUAUUGUCCCCUUUCCCCUCAAAAAUGUGUUGUUUUCAUGCCUUUAGUGAGCAGUUGGCUUGUUCGGCCAUGUCCACCAUCACGUGGCUUUGACAACACCCAGCUUCUCUGGAAAAGAGACCAAAGUCUGCUUUUGUCAUCAGAUGGGUAAGAAGGUGGUGGAAAUGAAAUGAACCAAUUUGGAAGGAAAAAAAUGCAGAUGUUUUCUGGGAAAAAUAAUCUCCCAAGAGAUACUUCUAAUGCGUAGCCCUUGAAGUGCUACGUGUGUAUAUACCUACUCCAACAACUUUUUUGAGAGGACCGAUUUUAAUUAUUUUAUUUCAGUGAACCUGGGGUUCCAUUCUUUCCAUAAGAGAAACAUUCCACCUCUUACUGAUGUUAGCAUGAAGGACCUUGAGCUGAUGGGUAUUUGGCCAAUGCUGUAAAGUAUCAUUUUUUAAUAUAUAUUUGUGACUUGAAUUACACAUUUCUGGAAAUUAACCAGUGGAAGAGUAAUUGUUGUCUCCUCCCAAUUUAAGUCUUCAGUUCUGCCCAUUUCCUUUUCUCUCUUCCAUUACAAUCACCCAACGUUUCUUUCCCGUCUUGUGACCAGUAGCUGAUCACAUAGUAGGGGGGAGAUGUGUUUUGUUUCUGUAGGGUUAUGCUGGGCUCUUGUGCCAGCAAGGCAAAAUCGUGGUGUAGAUUAAACUGUGUAGAGUGUGAAACUUCACAGCAGUGUUAGGUCCUUCAGUUGAGCGUGCUUCCAGCUUCUAGAGCAGCUGCCAUGCCCUUUGCCCAAACCGAACUGGUAUGUGUGUUUGUUGGCCCAGGCAGACGGUCCAUACCCCCCAGUCCCCUCCAGUUUUUGUGCAGAAGCAAAGAGCUGAGCUGACCUCUUCCAUCGCCUUCAAAGUAACAACUGAAUGGAGAGUGAAUACAAGCACAGGUGUCUGCUGGAAAAUGUGCGCUGUGCAUGCUUUGCUGGUUUCUUUGUCUUCUGUUUGGGAACUAAUUUGCCUUUUCUUGUGAGUUUGCAGUGCAUUUUUGGGGUGGCUGGCAGUCAUAGUGAAAGAAGCCUUGCUUUUCAGGGGUAAUUUCGUGAGAUUUGAAGAAGUGAACUGUGUAGUGUGUCACGGGAAGCCAGGGCCAUGUUAUUUUUCUAUUAGUUCUUGCUUGUGCAGUUUGGUUAGUACUUGCCAGCUUUGUCUUUGCCCAUAAGCUCUAUUCCCUCACCAAAGUGUUGUGUGUUGGUACCCAGGGAGGCGAGGGACGCCAGCAGAGAUGUUGGCUCCUUCCUGUGUGCACGGCGGCAGAGCGGGCUGCUGAACACAGCUUUUCCCAUUGGGGCUCAGAGGCAGUGGCUGUGUUGGGAAUGGAAUAGCAGCCUGGUACACAUGGGUGAAGUUCAUGUAGCACAGACUGCACAACGAAGGAGAGAUGUAGGGAGAGCUGCGAGUCCUGCACUGUAUCUCUGACACUGUAUCUGGGGAGGGGGAGGGAAGAGCAUCCUGAGCGGGAGGGGUGGCGGGAAGCUAGAAGUGUUCAAAUUGUAUAAUAUUUUAUAUAAACAUAAUAAGCUUAGUUCCUCUUCAUAAUCUUCAGGAAUGGUACUUUAACACCAUUAAGCAAAGAAUUGUUUUAGGGUUAAAUAAAUGUAUUGUACAUAAGGCCAUACGUAAUCUUCUAAAAAUGUCGCCGGACAGGAGCGAUGUGUAUUACUAUAUGAAAAAAAAAGUCCUUAAUGCACUGUUAUCUCCUAAAUAUUUAGUAGUAAAUUAAUACUAUUUAAUUUUUUAAAAAUUUGUCUUGUGUAGACACUAAAAAGUAUUACACAAAAUGCGGACAGAACGUGUCCUUUUUAACAGCAAUUUAAAGAACUUUUUAUAUACAUAAGGUAGUAUACUUUUCAAAUCGUUCUAGUUGUAUUUUCCCAUGUUUACUAUUUGUGGAAGUGUGCCUGUCUCUACUCAGUUACUUUUUUCUAACGAUUUCAUGCACGCAUCUUUCAUUUUUGUAGCUUUCAUUAGGAAUUACUGCGUAUGCGCCCCAUGCUGCCACAAAACUUCGCCGCUUUCCAUCUGUGGUGGCCACGUCCAGCAGCACCCAUGCCGAUGGGCUCGCGAAACCACAAAAUGGAAUACUUUUCUCAUUCUAGAGUUGAGAGUUUACUGCUUUUAAGUUGUCCUGAUGUCACUCUUGAAAUGACUGUUAAAACUAAACUAUGAGUCCCUUGCAUUCAUUUUAUAUUCUUGGUUGUAAUGAAAUGAAAUUGACUUUGCUUCAGUGUGAAUUUUUUUAAUAAAAUAAUAUACAUUUGUAA